CGUCUCAGCAGAGUUAAGAUGGCGUUCGAGUAGAGCGUGAAGAACUGACAGACUUUGAGAAUUUAAAUUAUGGACCUCAUAGAUUUAAUUGGCGACUCACGAACUGACAGUCUACCAGCUGGCUUUCUGCGGUCGAUAAAAAUUAAGUACAAACAAGAAUCUUCCCGCGUAUUCCCGCCGGGGACUCCAUAUAAAGAGGACACUGUCGUAGGAAAACAAAGCUUGCAAAAGGAAGGACAAAUUCAAAGAUCUGGUUCGGCAGCGAGCGGGGCGUCAGUACCGGUAACUUACUCAAGAAAUUAGAAAACUAUUACCCUAUUUUAUCUUUAUGUUUUGUCAUUUAUUGCUUUUUCCUUGGAGCAUCAUGGAUUUUUAUUAUUUGUUUACGAAAAAUUGAUCGGUCUCUACGCAUACUGAUAGCAAUUGCAGCAAUACAACUUCCACUUUAGAGUAGAGAAUUUGUGUACAGUGUACCGCCAUUUAUCUCAAAAAACACAGGCUACAUUUAUUUCUAAAAAAAUUUACAUGGUCCAGAGAGGUGUGAUGUUGAUGGCAGUAAUUAUUAAUACGUUCUCAGAAUUUUAUAGCAUUUAAUAGAGGUUUUUAUUGCUCUAAAUUGAUUGGCAUGUUAUUUAAGCCUACACUUAUUUCAACUGAGUUAAAUCGGUUUAAAGAAAUGUCUCUGUUAAAUCUCAAUAAAUUAGGAACUGUUACAUGUAUGUCUAUAAAUUUCAUGAGCAAUGCCAGAUUUAGGGCAUGGUUCCAUCUGAAAUUAUGGGUUUCAGUGCUAUUUAACUUCCAAAUACCAGACCAAUUAAAAUUUUUAUUCAAAAAAUUAAAAUAUUAAAAUGACUAAAUUUCCAUUAUUUAGGCUCGACAGUAUUUAUAGCACCAAUGCUAGUGAGGCCAAGCAAAUGCUUGAAAGAAAUAGUUUAUACCAAACAUAAUGGGGUUAAGAAUCCCAAAUGGCUAGAGGCAAACCAGUUAGCUAUUUACAAGCGUGGUCGAAGAUUUGAACUUGACACUACCAAAAACAAAUCCAGUUAGCGAUCAGGGGCACCCAAUGACAGUUUCCUCCUAAAUGCAUUGAAAACACUUUUUAGGCUAUCCAGAGUAUUCUCAGAUUUCUAGAAAUGCAUUCUAAUCAGUGCUAUAAAAUUUGUAUCUGUUCGGUUGUCCAAGAGCAACUUGAGUCUUUUCAAAAUUACUAGGGCCUCAGUAAUAUUUUCCAGAAAAUUUUAGAUGCAAUAGGUUUUACGAAAGUGUGAAUUUUUCUGAUUCCUCUCUCCAUCGCAUUUUCAAAAAUCCGAAAAUUUUAGGUUUCCUUUUUCUAUGAAAAAUGGGCUAACAUACUGACUGAAAUGCGAAAAACUAAACGUAAGAAAAUCGUAGGGAAUUUAUUAGAUAUGCUACGAAAAUUGUACAUGAAUGGAAUGGUUGUCUAGAAAUUUUUAGCCUUCCUCAAGCUAUAGAAAAUUCUACGCAAUUUUGCUUCUCCGAACAGAUAUUUUACAGAAAACAGUCAUUGGGUGCCCUUGAGCAGUCAGGCUGGGACCUCCAAAUUGCAAAUCCAGCACUCUAACUGCUCCUGCUCGGCCACACUGCCUCCUCACUGAUAGUGAGUUGCUGCUGUUUAACUCACGGUCAUUAAGGCUGGUUUGUGAUUUGAACAGUCGAUGAAGACAUUUUUGUCUAUUUCAGAGUUUUAUGGGAUGGCGUGUGCCGUCAAGGUUGAUUCAACAGAACAGAACUCCCCUCCAGUCAGCUGGUGAGAAUCUAUGUGAUGUCCUUGUAGCAGAAGAACUGAAACUUUUCAAAUGCUGACCUGGCCAGGCCAGGCCAGGCCAGUUUCCACUUUUCAUGAAAAUGGUCAGAUCUUUUACAAUAAAAAGAAAUUAUUAAUACAUAUAAAUCUCUGGACACUCAGGGCACAUGCUUUGGAGUCCAUUAAGAGCUGGUUUAAAGCACUCAGUUUAUAACUAACACCUUUUUUUCCAAGUUGCACACAUUUUGCUGUCUUUUAUCUUCAGGGCAACUUUACUUUUUUUUUUUUUAUUUGUAUUCUGACCUGUUUGACUGAAUUAUGCUCAUUUGGGUAAAAUGUGAAAGAUUUCUCCCUUCCCUUUCCCACAAAGUAGAUGUCAGUUUUCUAUAAUCAUUAAAACUGAUGAGGUCAGCAGUAGUACAAGGGAUGUGGCUGAGGUCCACACAGACACUUUAGGACCCUCCAAGGGGAAACAGACUUAAUUAUCUUUUUAGCAUAUUUUUUUAAGUUCACAAAAAUUCCCUUUGAUAUAAUAGGAGGAUAUAAAUAUGCAGAGAGAGAAAAGAUGGAAUCCAGGAUGUCAGUUCAAAGUAGAAGAUCUGUUGGCAGUAGAAACAGUCAAACAAAUCCAGUAUCAAGAGGAAAAGAUGAAUGUAAGCGAUAAAGAAAAUUAUAUAAUAGACAAUAGAAAAUAUUUUAUCUGGGGUCUUUUACCAGCUGGUACAUCAACUGUUUCCCAAAUAAUUUAAAAUUAAAAUAAUUAUAUGCUAAGCUAUUUAUUACACUAAUACAGUUACAUAACAAGUUAUUACAAAUAGAGAUAAUUACAUAUACACAGACACAUACAGUAUUUUAAUCUACUUUUUGUCUUCCUUCUCUUUUCUUAUUUUGAAAUAUUUGAACACAUAUACCUUGCUACAUUUGUAUGCAUAGCAGCAAUGUGGAUGAUCACCCCCUCCCUCCUCCCCGGGGUAGCCUAAACGUGUUUGAACUUUUAUUAACUUUGCCAUGAUAGCUAGCUAGCAGGUGUAAUUCACCAUUUAUUCCAGUAUUUAUUUCAAAAGCUUUUUUAUUCUCAUCAUUAACUUUUUGUACCUUAUAGUACCAAGGCUGGAGGCAGCUAAUGCAGUAAGAAAGAGUCCUUUUCUGAGACAAGUUACACCCCUGGCUAAAGUGAGUGUUUUUUUCAUGGUUUUUAUCAGUCUAUGUCAUGCCCCAGUUGACUUAAUUGACCACUCUCUAAAUGUAGCACCACCUUGCUGCUACAAACUCAUUUAAAAAUAACAAUAAUAAUUUAUUUUUAAUAUUAACUUUUUUAUUACUGUUGACAUAUAUAUCCAUGCAGACACCACCACUUCCAGCAAUGAGAAAUUUGUCCAAGGAACUAAGCAAAGGUAAGAACACUUUAAUAACUGUUUUAAUAUCAUAGGUGACAAAUUACUCCUUAAUUUUGGCGCGAAAUUUCAGCGUUAAUUUGUAAUUUCAUGGCAACCCUUCCGUACGUCUCAGUGUCAAGAUGGCAACGAAGUUUUAAAAUGCCGUGAAUGAAGAUGUCAGGGCACAAAAAGAGGCUCUAGAAAACCUGAACACACAAGAGAACAUCAAGAAGGAUUCUAACAGGUAUUUUGCCGAAAAAAUCUGAAAAAUUCUGAACUUUAUAAGCCAAAUUUAAGGUCUAAACAUUUGUGAGAGGGGAGUUCUUGAUCGAUACGAUCCAGGAUAAACAUGUCAAAAAUCCAAGAUUGCUAAUGUAAUUCGUCACCCAUGAUAUUAAUAGGUAAUCAAAUGGUAUGCUUGUGAAAUUAUUCCCUAAUUUCACUCGUCACCAUUUGAUUACACAUACUAAUUUGACAGUAAUUGUCCAAUUAUUACUGAUUUUCAUAGAAACUUGAAAAAAACAAUAUCACUGGUUUGGUAGAUGAUCGAACAGUGAUAAUUCACAGGAUAUUACAAGUACAUGUAUUUAUAUUUGUUAUGAAAGAAUGAACACUGUGUCUAUUCCAGACAAAACAGACAAGAGCAUACUGCAAGAUCUGGAGGAGGCAAAGAGGACUGCUGUUGAGAAGGUAGUUAUGACAGUUCUUUACAAUUAUAGUUUACAGUGUGUUGUGUUUGCACAUUCAUGUACAGUGAUUAAUUAUUUAAAUUAGCAGAGCUCUAUGAGCCAAAGGAAUGCGGAGCGCUUUUCAUUCUGGGUGAAAGAAAAGUUAUUUUAUAGUAGAUCAUAGUAGUCAUAUCACAUUUUUUUAUAGUCAUAUGUUUUAAAAAAUCACUUCUUUUAAUCUUCUUGGAAAAUGCCAUGAUAAUAUUCUCAAACUGCAGUCUGGGCAGUGCGUCAUGGUAAACUUACUUUUGCACUAUCUUUUGUGCAUAAUUUGCAUGUGCAAUGCAUUAAUUUGUCAAAAAUUUGCUUACUCAGCAUAUUUGCAUACAAACAUGCAAAGUCAUAUUUAAAUGAUAAAUGGCAACUGAGUAAAAACCCUCCUCUCUAUGACUUUUCUUUCAGUCAAUCAGGAAAAUUAUUCAUCCUCACUCACUGGAAGCUGUGAACGAAUGGUUGAAGACAGCCACAGAUAAAGGUUUGCUUUCAGUCAGAAUUUUAUUAUUUAGGCUUGUUUAUAGUGGAAAGUGCACUUAACUUAUCCAGCUAGUUUACAGACACUCCUCUCAAAUACUUAGAAACAAAUAAUUCAAAUCCAACAUAACAGAAUAAAAAAACCCUAUCGUCAGGAGGCAACCAGUUGGCUAUUAAUUUACAAGGGUGGCUGAGGAUGUGAACUUGGGCGACCAAGAACAAAUCCAGCAAGUCACCAGAGCGGGACUCUAACCCGGGACCGCUGGAUUACAAGUCUGACACACUGACCACUCCACCAUGCUGACCCUUUGUUGAUGAAAGAGCGCUACAAUCAGUUACUUUCUAGGCUUUAAAUUUGUAGGGAAGAUUUCAUACUCAGGCCCUGUUUAAGUGGAGAAAAGUUGUCCCACCUGGCAAGAAAGCAUCAUCCGCCUGCCGAGCUACCCUGAGCAAGCCAACUUUUCAUACAUUUCCUUUCAAAGCAAGGCAUUUUGUUACAUGAAAAACAAAAAGUUGGCUCUGCUAGAAGGGUUACCUGCCUAGCUGGGUCACCCUUUUUUGGCGAUUGGGUCACCCUCCUAGUCGGGCCAACUUUUCUCCAUAUAAACGCGGCUUAGCUCGCUCAGUUGAGUCAACUCGGUUAAGGUUAGACCAUCAGAGCAUGUGUGAGCGUUGUUUUAGACAAGUACAUGUAGAUCACAUGCAGAGCAUACAAGUGAGCUGUUGGCUCUGGCAAAGGAGACAACUUUUUUUCAUAAUCUUAAACUCGCUUAAAGUUGACUCAGCUGGGAUGGUGACAAUCUACUCAGGACAGGUUUUCUCCAUAUAAAUUGGGCCUCUGAGGCUAAUAAGUUUUCUCACCCAUCUUUUCACAUGUUUCUUAGAAUAAGGUCUGAUCAUAUUACUGUUUAAAUUUUGUGCACCACUUUUUGAAACACCAGUUUUUAAAAGCUAGUGGUUUAAGAGAACAGUUGUAAACCCUGAGAGAUUUAACCAUCUUAACUGAGAAAUGCCGAAUCAAACAGUCAGAAACCAGUGAAAUUAUCAAGAGAAAAUGGAGUGACGUUGUUUGAUCAAAGAAUGUUUUCAAUCAAAGCCAUCCAUUUCUCUUUCAAGAUUACUGAUUCAAUAGCAAAGUAAGACUGGAAACAAGAAUUUUUGGAAAUGGAACAGCAAGUUGCGGUUAGACUGGAGGUGGACCACUUUGACCAGAAAAUUUCCAUGAGGACUGAAGCGUUUCAUUUAUUUCUUGACUGAAAUUCCGAAAAUGUUGGCAUACAAGUAACAUGACAAGCACCCACAAAAAAUUUAACAAAAAAACUAACAGUUUCUGAGAUUUUUUUUGUUUAAUUAUCAAGUUUAAAUAAUACAUUUUUGUUUGUGUUUAAAGAACGUGAGCUAGCUUUGAAGUUCUUCAGUACCCUGUCUGGAGUGAAAACAGACAAACUGGAUAUGGUUGGCCAAAAAUUGAAUCAAGAUCAUUUAGUGGGAAAUUGUGAGCUCUGUGACAGUGGUAGAAUUAAGGAAGCUUUGGAAGCAUUGGCUAGGUUUGUAUAAGAGCCUUAAUGAGGAAAGUACAGUUACGUAAAAUUGUGGAAUGUUUAUUACAGGAAGUUUUUAUUUUUGUGGCAAAAAGGAAGAGUAAAGUGAUGAUGAAAACAUUAAUGUUUUUAAACCAGAAAAAUCAGCACUGUUUUGGAUAUUGUUCUUCCACUAUAGUCGCUAACUACAUUGUAUUUUUCAUGAUGUAAAAAAGGUGUUAAGAUUAAUUUUAUAAAGAUUUUGCCCCUUGCAAAUGUUUAGUUCGAUAUAUGUUGUGUACCACUUUUUAAGACAACUACCAUCAGUUACAUGUACUUCAUUCCAACAAUGUACACUUUCACUAUUUAUGGUAACUAUCAUAAUAAUUAUUUUUUUGUCCUUUGAACUGUCUUACUGUUUCAUUGUUGCAUUCCACAGAGAGGAUACUGUUGUGUCACGUGGUAAACUGCUGUAUAAUCCCAAGAGAGCCCCAGACAUCACCAAACAGUCAUACUAUCAGAAAGCCAGACAGCGGCUGCCAGUACAUGUACGCCAGCAGUUCCAAACUUGGCACCAUCUUCCAGUGUACACUGUAGCAAGUGAUGCCGCCAUAAACAAGAGUGCAAUGUUCACUCAACCACACAAAGCCUAUGGCCGGCACUUUACUAUCCAUCCAGAGUGGGGACUGCACAAGCCCAUUGUCCUGUAAACAAAGGUUUAUACAGUGACGUUUAGAUGACUGUCACUCUUUUUGUGUGUGUGGAGUGGGUACAGGCCAAAAAGUUUCAAUGCAAGACUAUGCUCUAUCAGUAACUGAUGCCCUUUUGCCUUAAGGUUAUGUUGGGAACGCUGGAUUCCACAGGUUCAGAGCAUUUGGGUUCCAUACAAAAUUUUUUGCUUAGAACACAGCCUUGCAUUGUAAAUAAUACAUCAAAUCAAAUAGUGAGUCAAAGUUUUGUUCAUUUUUUUUGUUUGGUCGUUGUCUAUUGUGUUCUGCAAGUUAAUAUUUUGAAAACAUAUGCUGUCCUAUAUUAUGAACACUUAGGUGUCAAAGACAAGUUUAACUGCAGCACUGUUAGUCUCUGACUUAUGCUCCAGGUUAGCUCUUGUUCUCAAAAGUAAAAAAAAACAAAUGUUAAAUACAUGCAUGUGUAUUUUUUGAGUACUGAUUGCAAACAGAAUAUAAUGUUGAUUCUAACGCAAUAGAAUGUGGACUUAACAAGAAUUAAACUUCCUUCUUAACUGGGCCACCAGUCACAAAAGGGGCUGUUGAAAGAACAGUAACCAUGUUCCAUUGUUUUUCUCCUCAUUCAUAAAUUAGUUUUUAUUAAUGUCAAACUAAGUGAAUUGUCAGGACAAUUAAAGGUAUCUGGAGAGUAGGCUAACUGAAAAUUAGGACUAUGAUCCCUUGUAUGCAUGACUUCCGACCAUCCCUAAAUG